AUGUCAGAGCUGCAUGGGAAUAGCGAUAGCCAGCACCAUCAUCACCACCAUCACCACCACCAUUCUUCUCAUGAGAAUCGUCCGAGCGGUGACGACCAAAAUAUAACUCCAAAAAUUGGAAAAUAUCAUGUCCUCAAAACCCUUGGUGAAGGAUCUUUUGGUAAGGUGAAAUUGGCUGAACAUUCGAUCACUAGACAGAAAGUAGCCCUCAAAAUAAUUAAUAGGAAAACUUUGGCAAAAUCUGAUAUGCAAGGGAGAGUUGAAAGAGAAAUUUCUUAUUUAAGAUUGCUUCGUCAUCCUCAUAUCAUUAAAUUAUACGAUGUAAUCAAAUCUAAGGAUGAAAUCAUAAUGGUUAUUGAGUAUGCUGGAAAAGAACUAUUUGACUAUAUUGUUCAGAGAGGCAGAAUGCCGGAGGAUGAGGCUCGAAGAUUCUUCCAGCAAAUCAUUUCUGCUGUUGAGUAUUGUCAUAGACAUAAGAUUGUACAUAGAGAUUUGAAGCCAGAGAAUUUACUAUUGGACGAUAACUUGAACGUUAAGAUUGCUGAUUUUGGAUUAUCUAAUAUAAUGACAGACGGAAACUUUUUGAAAACAAGUUGUGGAUCACCAAAUUAUGCUGCGCCGGAAGUCAUUAGUGGAAAGUUGUAUGCUGGCCCAGAGGUCGAUGUUUGGUCUUCUGGUGUUAUUCUUUAUGUCAUGCUUUGUGGCAGACUCCCAUUUGAUGAUGAGUUCAUCCCUGCAUUAUUCAAGAAGAUAAGCAAUGGUGUCUAUACUUUGCCCAAUUAUUUAUCUGCUGGUGCGAAACACUUAUUGACUAGAAUGCUAGUUGUAAAUCCACUUAACAGAAUUUCUAUUCAUGAGAUAAUGGAAGAUGAAUGGUUCAAACAAGGAAUCGAGGAUUACUUAUUGCCUCCAGACUUAUCAAAGUCAAAACAAGAUAAGAUUGAAAUCGAUGAUGAUGUUGUGUCUGCUUUGAAUAUGGCUAUGGGAUACGAUAGGGAUGAUAUUUACGAAGUCAUCAAUAAGUCUAACGAGAGGAAAUUGCCUCAACAGUCUUCUAAUGAGAUAUUGGAUGCAUAUUUAUUAAUGAAAGACAAUAAGAAUUUAGUUAAAGACUUGAAGAAAAAGAGGCCCGAUAAGAUUGAUUCUUUCUUGUCGCUGUCGCCACCUAGUUCAUGGACCAGUGGCUCAACUAGCUCGGCUCCAGGGGUUCAACAAUCGGUGACUUAUCAAACGUUAGCUACAGUACCUGAUUUAUCCACUCUCCCAAACUCAACAAUUGCAAUUUUACCCUCGUCUCUUCCAUCAAUCCAUAGGGCGUAUAUGAUGGACAAGAAUCAUCUGUCCAAAAUAGCACCUGUUUCUUCUAAGAAAUCUAAGACAAGAUGGCAUUUUGGCAUUAGAUCGAGGUCUUACCCUUUAGAUGUUAUGGGUGAAAUAUAUAGGGCGCUCAAGAAUUUGGGAGCUGAGUGGUCGAAACCUACAGAGGAAGAGCUUUGGACCAUUAGGGUAAGAUGGAAAUAUGACGAUUGUGCACCUAUAGAAGAUGCUGCAGCCUUGAAUUUGAUGAAAAUGCAGAUUCAAUUGUUUCAGCUUGAACCUAACAACUACUUGGUUGAUUUCAAAUUCGAUGGGUGGGAAACCGAGGCUAACGUAUCUACUUCUACAUAUUCAGCAGCGCAGGACGUCGAUGAAAUGAGCUCGUUUUCUGCGUAUCCAUUCUUGCACCUAUGCACGAGGCUCAUUAUGGAGUUAGCGGUGAAUAGUCAGAACUCUUGA